AUGGCUCUGUUGCUACCUGCAGGGUCCCGCAACUGUAAAAAGAAUAUCUGCAGUAUCCAGCAAUUUUUACCAAAACGGCCUUCGUCCUCUAAACGAUGGCAAGCGCGCCAACUCAAAGAUCACUUUACGCGGGAGGCAGCAGUUCAAGGGCUCAAAAGUCGAGCAGCGUUCAAGCUUUUACAGAUAGAUGAAAAGCACCACCUUUUCCAAAGUGGCCAGACUGUUGUCGAUUUAGGCUAUGCUCCAGGAUCAUGGUCACAAGUGGCACUGGCACGAACCCAGCCCAGAGGUAGGGUUCUUGGUGUCGAUAUAAUCCCAAGCCAACCACCGAAGGGUGUGUCCACCAUCCAAGGCAACUUCCUAGACCUAGAGGUCCAAGCCUAUGUGCGAGAAUUUGUGCGCAAUCCUCGGAGGGGCAGACAUUACUCCCAAGAGGCAAUUCAAGAUGUUGACGACGCUGAGGGAUCGGUGGAGUCUGCGCUGGAGGCAAGCUCUACUAGUGGUACAUUGAGAAACAAAAACGUCGGUCAUGGGUAUUCAGAUGCCCAGAGAACGGUAGAUGUGGUUCUUAGCGAUAUGAUGAUGAACACUAGCGGGUUACCCUUCAAAGAUCACGCGGGCAGUAUGGACCUCUGUCGUGCCGCCUUAGAGUUCAGUUAUGAGGUUCUUAAUGCUGGUGGACACUUUGUCUGCAAGUUUUACCAAGGAACUGAAGACAAAGACCUGGAGAAGCAGCUGAGAGCCUUGUUUCAAAAAGUGCAUAGGCUCAAGCCAGAAUCAUCACGCAGUGAAUCCAAAGAGGCAUACUUCAUUGGUCUCAAACGUAGACCCGACGCAAAAAAGCAAGAAGUUCUCACGCCCCCCUAA